UCCUCGCCUUGGCAGCCACCCUGGGUAUCAGAAAAAAAUUAUUAUGCCUGUGCUCCCUUGGGACUCUUUGGAAAUUGUACAGUGACAUCUUCUGGGAUUUUGUCUGGAGCGUGCAGACUGGUGCCUAAAAUGGAAGUAGAUAUAAAUGGAGAAUCCAGAAGUACUCUGACCACCCUGCCUUUGCCCGUGGCAGAGGGGAGUUCCCCGGGAAAAACAGAGGCAGAGAAACCCCGCUGCUCUAGCACACCCUGCUCACCCAUGCGUCGGACUGUGUCAGGCUACCAGAUCCUACACAUGGACUCUAACUAUUUGGUUGGCUUCACAACUGGUGAGGAACUCCUGAAGUUAGCCCAGAAAUGCACAGGAGAAGAGAGCAAGGGUGAAGCCAUGCCUUCCUUGCGCUCCAAACAGCUGGAUGCAGGACUUGCACGUUCCUCGCGUUUGUAUAAAACCAGAAGUAGAUACUAUCAGCCAUAUGAGAUUCCAGCUGUGAAUGGCAGGAGGCGAAGACGGAUGCCCAGCUCAGGAGACAAGUGCACUAAGUCCUUACCUUAUGAACCUUAUAAGGCCCUCCAUGGGCCACUGCCUCUUUGUCUUCUUAAAGGUAAGAGGGCUCACUCCAAAUCUCUGGACUACCUCAAUCUAGAUAAAAUGAACAUCAAGGAGCCAGCUGACACAGAAGUGCUACAGUACCAACUUCAACACCUAACCCUCCGAGGGGACCGAGUGUUUGCUAGAAAUAAUACAUGAAUGACUUGCUCAGAGUUGAAACCACUUUAGGUUGGCCUGUACUUGGCUAGAGAAAAAUCUGCUGUACUCUGUACAUGACUCUUCACAUUAUAGAUGGUUAUUUCAGCUAAGUGUUCCUGGAACAUAAAAAUUGUUUGGAUCAAUUCUGAAUACAGGAAUGAAAUCACAAGUACUUAGGAUGGGGGCAGGGGGUGGGGAAUAUCAUUCUAGAGCACGCAACUGCAAAGGAAACAGAAUGUUGACCAUUAGUUUGUAUAGCUAUUUAGCUAGGAGAAAAAAGAUUUGGUACAGUAAUUUCAUCUUUCUGCUUCUGACACUCAAACUGAGAAUGUUAUCUGCUUGGUUGUUGCUGACUUGUAUGAUUCAUUAGAAAUUUAUAUCUCAAGUACUCAAGUACUUCAUGAAUCUCUGUAUUUUACUAUAAAAUGUAUGUAAUGAUUUGUUCUUUUGAAAUUUAGAACUUGAACAUUGCUGAAUUGGACCACUUUUUAUUUUUAAAUAUUGAGUUUAAAUAUUUUAUAACUGGUUUUGCACUGAAAAAACCUAACAUUUCAGAUUAAGAGAGUAAUCUUUCCUCACUUGCCUCAAUAAUAUUAUUGAGCAAUGAAUUUUUUAUUUCCGCAUGGAAAGUUAUUGAUCUCUAUGGCUGUAAAAUAUUUCUUUAUAGCGUUAUUAAAGUGUGUCUUAAUGAAAUUAAA